GGUGUUGCUGAUAUGCGUGUGUAGUCAAUCGUUCGACGAAAGUUUGCAGCAGCAGGCGCACAUUGAAUAACCAUCCGUGCGAAUAUCUCUCAACAAUAGUUUUCUCCCAUGUUUCGACGCAUCAGGACGUAUCUGGAGCGGGCAGCGCGUUCAUUUGAGCGUAGGCUACAUGCCCAACGAAUCCGUUACGAUCCAGUACCACCGGUAGCUGAACCAGAAACACCAAUGGAAGAGCCGAUGGAGGUAUCGCAAGAGCAAUCGGAACCGGCCGGAGCUGACCAACCAUCCGGGCAAGCAUUCACUCUCCUGGUGAACAGCAGCGAAAGUGAGACUGAAAUAUUUUUUCAAGACGAACCACUGCUGUAUUACAUGCUGCUGAUGUGGAAUCCGGAGACUCCGGUGCCGCUUUUGGUGAAACAGACACUUGAUCGUCUAAAUUAUGAUUAUGAAAAUGGACAUCCACAGAGUCGGCUGCACAUCUUCUAUCGUAUUUUUCUAAACCGUCAGCUAAGCGAUGGACGCGCGCUGCGUCCACGGUUUUUAACCGCAAAGCGUCGAGCCACCAUUAACAAACGGCGCAAGCAACGCCUUGCAGUCGGUACCUAUGUAUAAUACGCCAUGCUGUUGUUUGUGAGAUUCUUUCGCGGGAGAACUGCUGCCUCAUAAGACAUUUGGCUCUGUUCCUUCAGUUCGUCUUCCAACACCACCAAAGCAUUCUCACGAGAUUGAGCUCACAAUAAAUCAUCAUAAACGCAUUACAUACGGCCACUAGACGCACAGCAGAAACGGGCUUAGGGAGACGAUGCAGAAAUCACUGCAGGACAUCAUCGUACCCUCGCAACAUCAUAGUCACGUUUCUUGUAGUACGGUUGCUACACAUUUCUGGCCUAAAGACAAUCGAUCGGCAUCCUUACAAGCAUCACUCUAUUUAUUUCCAACCGUACGCCUGUAACAUCAAUUGGCAUUAUAUUAUUCUUAGUGAUAGCAAAAUUAAAAAUAAAAUGUCGUUCAAUGUGGUUAAUUUCGAACACAUAA